CCUUCACCCACUUCACUAAUACAAUACGAUAACCAGCAGGAGUCCGUUUUAGCUUCAGUUGGCCUCCAAUACAGCCUCUCCAGUCAAACGCAAGCCUUCUGAGCCAUCCUGUGAAAGUCUCGUUACCCCGAAGCGGAUUCACCCCCCCCCCCCCCCCCCGCAACUAUAGAUACACAGUCGUCGUUGUCGUCGUCGUCGUUGUCUCACGCACUCCGGCUAUCUUCAAUAAAUCACAGACGAGAACCGUCAUCAUGCAAAAAAUACAGCUCAUCCUCCGAGCGGUUCAGCUCCUCUUCAUCAUCAUCCUCACCGGCCUGAUCGGUAACGUGAUCGCGAGCAACGAGGACGCAGCCAGCUCCGCGACGGCAGCCAUCAACUUCUCCAUGUUCGUCAUCGCCCUCUCGUGGGUGGCGGCGCUGCUGGGCCUCGCAGCGGGCCUGUUCGAACGCAUCGUGCUGCCGGUGCUCGUCAUCCUCGCCGCCGACGGCUUCGCCACCCUCUUCACAUUCAUCGACGCCAUCGUGCUUGCCGCCAAACUCGGGGCCGUCAACUGCUCCCGCACCCAGGGCCAUGCGGCCAGCUGGAUCGCGUACGGCAGCCACAACGACGAGAAGCGUUGCCGCGAGAUCCAGGCGUCGACAGCCUUUAUGUGGUUCCUCUUCGCCACCUUUGCGGCCGCGCUGGUGCUGAGCUUCCUCAGUUUCCGCCGCGGCGGCGGGAGCAUGAGGUCCGGACCGACCAUGUCUCAGGUCAGGGUAUGAGGCUUGCGGCGCCUCGAUGUCUGCUGAGAUGCCAGGGCUUGUCUAGGGUCUGGCGUCUGGUCACAGGGUGCAUGGACUUGGAUACUCGACGGAAAUGCUUAAUGGACAGGGAUUGAAACUAGGUAUAUGUAUAUGACCGGAUUAUGAUUUCUAUGGCUUUGAUGAUGGGACAUGGGUACUAUUGGGUCAGGUGUUCUCUAAUGGGCAUAUAUGUACAUGGGGGAAUUGUCUUGUUGGGUUCGGUAAGGGACGGAUAAGGAUCAUAGGGAGGCUCUCUCUUAAACAUGGGCAUACCCCAGAAGUGUAGUUAGCCGGGAGGACUAUUGUCUUGUUUUUCUUC